AUGCAGGCAAACAUAGCCACAUCUCUGGUGCUGGCAGUCUUUUUGCUAGUGGAGACCCCAAAGGUCCGGAGCCACCUAGUCUCGCGCCGGGACCUCUUCUCCCGAGAGUCUGCCUUGGACAUGGCGCCAGGCUCCUUCGAUGACCAAUAUGCGGGCUGUGUAGCCGCUAUGGAAGCGGCCCUCCCCGAUCUCAAUCGCACUGAGUUCAAUGCCAGCUCAGUCUAUGCCCAGGCUUGGAACGCAGCGGCCGCCCGUUGGCAGGAGCGCCGGGAUCAGGAGCUCAAGGCGCCCCCCACUUCUCGACGACGACCGCCGCCUCCGGGCUUCGGAGAUGAGCAUGCCGUGGCCCUUCUAGCCUACACGGCCAACAGCCCCUUGCAUAAAGAGUUCAACGCCGCGGUGAGAGAGGCUGGCCGAUCCCGGGCUUAUUACCUCCGAUACUUUCCUUUCAAGACCCUUCACUUCCUCCUCACAGAAGCCCUGAGACGGCUGGGCUCUGGGCAGCAGCCCAGGUGCCAACAGGUCUACCGGGGCAUUCACGGGGUCCGCUUCCGGCCGGCGGGACCCGGAACCACCGUCCGGCUGGGGGCCUUUUCCUCGGCUUCCCUGAAGGAUGCUGCUGCCCAUCAGUUUGGGGAAGACACCUUCUUUGGCAUCUGGACUUGCCACGGAGUGGCCAUUAAAGGUUAUUCCUUCUUCCCAGGGGAGGAGGAGGUGCUGAUUCCUCCCUAUGAGACCUUCCUCGUGGUCAAUGCCUCGGUGCCUGCUCAAGGUCCAGUCCGGAUCUACCUCAAAGCUAAGGACAAGGCUAGCACCUUUAACUGCGAGUAUAUCAAAGACAAGCAGUGCACUUCAGGACGAUGUAAACUAAAUAAUUCAGCAACAGUAGAGAGGAUGGAGCCCUUCUCCCCAUCCCAACAACUACUGCCUCUGCUCUGGCUCUUCAUGGCAUUGUCAUCUCUCGACCUCCCAAGUCUCCUCUGGUUACUCUAGACUCUUUGAUUCUCUCC